CUCUCUCACAGGUACUAACAAGCUGCUGACUAACACACCCUCCACAAACGUCAUGGAACGAGCUCCUCCUGCAUUCGAUGAUUUAUUCUGUACAUCCUCCGCCACUUCAACCCAUACCAGGUACAAACUUGCUACCUAGGUACUGAUCGGUUGUAUUUCCAAUUCACACACACCAUGACAGCCAAUAUUCCGGCGCCCCUGAAAGCUGCAGACAUCACCCGCUUUGUGACUCGAGCGUCACAGCUCGACAAAGCGAAGCCAGUGAUAUCAUACUGGUGCAAUUAUUGGAUUGUGAACCAGAUAUUAUCAAAAGGUCUCCACAAUUCAGAUAGCGAAUGUCUAAAAUACACGACAGACCUGAUGGAUAAGCUGGAGAAGUUUAAAUCCGAACACGCUGAUGAUGAUACUGUUACGGAUGAUGCUGCUGGACAGGCUUAUGUGGAGCAAUUUGGGUUGGAAACUUUUCAGCGAGCCGACAACGCGGUGCGGGCCAACAAAGCUUCAUUACAAACAGCGGAUACGUUCCAAGCUGCGGCCACAUUCCUUGAGCUAUCCCAGAUAUGGGGACCGAUCGACCAAGAAAAGGCGGCCAAGAUUAAAUUUGCAAAGUAUCAUGCCUUACGCAUUGCUAAAGCUAUUAAGGCAGGGGAGGAUCCGAAUUUAUCGAAUCCAUCGAUGGAGGAGGAGGGAAAUCUAGACGAUGCACCUGCCUUGGAUCCUAAUGAUCCUGAAGUUCAAGCGCUGGGCGGAACCCCAUCUCAAUUAGCGCCAGAAGUAAAACUACGGCAGCCGUCUGUGGAAGAUGUCCCAGAUGAGUUUGACAAAGAGGAGCGAAGAUUAGCGAAACAGUCUAUCCUAAACGAGUCCCUCCACCCCUCCAGAGCCUCGUCUCUUCCCCCUCCACGACGAGCUGAAUCAGGCAAUGUCACAGCUGCAUCCAGUACAGGCCUUCCCAGCCCUCCCACGUACUCAGCUGGUAUAGUAGGCCUUAGCCCUGACGAUGAUGAUGCGCGCCAGCGCGCUUCACAUCUCUCUAGAGUAUUUGUUCCUGAUAUUCCAGCAGCCCCCUCGGACUUCCCUUCCCCCGCCUCAAGCUCGCAAGAGCUAUCCGACCCGGGUCCAGGCCCAGGCCAGUUUUCAGAGCGCAGGACAUCCCUGAGUACUUUCCAAUCCUUCCCGGCUCCAACAACGCAACCCGCAGAACCCCCCAAAACAACCGACCUCCAAGGCCCAGCAGGAAUACACACGCCACCUCCCACCACACUUGAAGGAUGGACUCGACCUACCCCACCAAAUACCGUACCGCCCACCAGUAUCCAACCCCCAAAGACCAUGCAUAGCAUAAGCUCGUAUUCCAGCCCGCCACCAAACCAAGGGGUUGUAGAUGAGGACUCGAUCGCCGAAGCCCAAAAGCAUGCCCGAUGGGCUGUGUCGGCGUUGAAUUUUGAUGACGUGCCCACUGCGAUUAAGGAGUUGAGAAAUGCCUUGAAUAAGCUAGGGGCUCAGUGAUCUAAUCUUAAUUUCUAAUUGUCAUUGUUUUUUACCUGUUUUUUUUUUUUUCUUUAUUGUGUGUGUGUGUAUAAGUUGACGUUCUUCGUUAACGCCUUCGUUGCAGCAUCGCGCUCUAUUUUUAUUCAUUACGUUGUAUAAAAUUUGAAUGAGUAAUAAUGAGAUAUUUAUAUGUAAGGCUUCUUUUCUUUUCUUUCUUUUUUCAGUUUCCAGUUUGUUUUGCAAUUAGCAGGAAAUCCCAUGAUCCGAGUCAACUAUCCUUUCACUUUUUCAUUCUUCUUUUUGUGUAUCGCCUUGGGCUUUUUGUAUCCUGUGUCGGUGUUAUCUUUCAUCCUUUGGUAAAAAGAAAAUUGAGAAAUUAGAACACAACGCCAAACAUCCAGCAGCGGCUUACCCCUUGGGUCUAUCGUCACAUAUCAGAUGUGUACCUGUACAUCCCUGUGGGUUUCUGGGGAAGAUGUCAGCUCCCUUAUUCUCUAUCGCCAUGACGAUUCCAUUAACGUAUCGAAUACCGCAAAUUGAGAAACUUUCCUUGGGAGAAGAAGACGGGAGGUUCGCAGGGGGGGUGAUAUCCUUGCCCUUCUAAAUAAAAAACCAGGUAACAAAAAAAAAAGUCCGCUCUCGCAUUUGUUAUUAUACUCUAUGUACAGUAAGUUACAUGUACAUUACGUGUACCGGCGCUUUAUCUUCUGAAAUCUAUCAAGGACCAUGGGUACAUUCAUACCAUUUAAGAGGAGCCUCAGAGCCAGGCAUUCCUCGAUUUUACUCUUUUUGCUAGAGAUGAGAUAUAAAGUAACGUAAUCAAUCAUCUAACGCUCGUUUCCACCUAACACUCGCCUUUGUAAAUCAAUU